CUGCGUUUCACGGGUCACACACACUACAACGAUGGCGAUCGAGGGCGAGACGUUGACGUCGCCGUCCGCCGCCAGCCGCCCAACCAAGAAGCGCGCCGGGUACUACGCCGACCCGACGUCGCCCAUUGCCUCGACGCCGCUCAAGCGCCAGCGCCUCGCCACGCCAGCACCGGCAACAUCGACGCCGACGGCCACCAAGCCCGCCGACGAUGCCGACGCGUGCACGCGCAAGCUUAACUUGGACGACGAUGACGAUGAUGAUUCGGACAGCGCGCCCGAGACGAGUGAUCUCAACCUCUUUUCGCCAACGCUCAAGGUCGACAAGAAGAGCGUCGCGCCACGCCCGCCAGCGGUUGUCGAAGUCGAAGUCGCCGACGAGGCGCCUGUCGAGGAAGCUGCCGAUGACGCGACAGUCGAGCUCGAGUUCAAUCCGUUUUACUUUAUGAAGACGCUGCCUGCGUACGAAGACGUCAUGGACUUUGUCCGACCCGUCGCGCUGCCAAAGAAGGACGCAUCGUCGCCCAAAGUCUGCCUCGUGCUCGACCUCGACGAGACGCUCGUGCAUUGCUCGGUCGACGACGUGGCCGACGCCGAUCUCAAGUUUCCCAUUGACUACAAUGGGACCGAGUACACCGUGUCGGUCAAGAAGCGGCCGUACAUGACGGAGUUUCUCGCCCAAGUGUCGGAGUGGUUUGAAGUGGUCGUCUUUACAGCGUCUCAGCGCGUGUACGCCGAGACGCUUCUCAACCUCUUGGAUCCGUACGGGCAAUACAUCAAACACCGACUGUACCGCGACAACUGUCUGCCGGUCGAAGGCAACUACCUCAAGGACUUGAACGUGCUCGGCCGCGACUUGCGCCAAGUGCUUUUGAUCGACAACUCGCCCCAUGCGUUUGGGUACCAAGUGGACAAUGGCAUUCCGAUCGAGAGCUGGUUCUAUGACGAAGCCGACGACGAGCUCCUCAAGCUCCUCCCGUUUCUCGAGAGCCUUGUGCACGUCGACGACGUGCGGCCGAUCGUUGCGCGGCAGUUCCAGAUUCAGCGACUCAUUGACACGGCGCAGCUCGAGGUCGAUGCCGCCACGUAGGUUGUUUUAGUUAGAUAGUACCCCAUAUAUACACUCUACUGCUCGACGUUGAUGCUACACAC